UCCUCGGCGAGCUCUUCCGGCCACAUAUCGGCCGAGCUCAACUGGAUCUCCAGCCGGGCUCGUGAGUUUGGAGCUGAACUUUGUUCCCACCUAAUAUCUGGGGCUGAUUGGAGCUCCCCUGUCACCCAGCUACACAACCUUGGUCAUGAUGUCACUCAUCCAGCCCUAGCUAAACCUUAUGUUCUCGGCCUCCCUCGUCCUCGCUCGUCCGGGCGUCGUGCGAGAAGAUAUAGCCGAGGGAGGAUGAAUCUGAAGAUGUGGCAGAUGAAUUAUAAAGAUUCAUGUCUGCGCCGAUCAGAUCGAUUCCAUCUGCAUGACAUUUCCUAUCAUCCACACCAGACUGAUUCAACCACUUUACCACUCCCACUACCACAUCAAACCACCUCCAGAACAAGACCACCCCAAAUAAAGACGAGAACACAUCAAAAAAGAUGCCCGUCCCUCGCCCCUCCGCCCUCAUCCUCCUCUACCCGGGCUUCAACACCCUCGACAUCAACGGCCCCUCCGAAAUCUUCUACAACACCGGCAUCACCACCACCCUCACCGCACAAGACGACCUCACCACCUCUCAAGAGCAAAUCACCAUCAAGCGCACCAUCCCCCUCGCCGAGGCCCACCGUCGGCUCGAUGAAUUCGAUCUCCUCGUCAUCCCCGGCUCCCGCUCCCUAGACACGAGCACCUGUCACAACCCGGACAUCCUCGACAUCCUCUCCGCAUUUUCCCGCCUCACCCGCAAGACCUCCUUCUCCUCCCCACUCGCCUCCCCGCUCUCUUCACCCGCCUCCUCACCCGCCUCCUCGUCCUCCUCCCCCUCCCCCACCCGAUCCAACGAGCGCUCCAUCCUCACCGGCGCCAACGCCUCCCACCUCCUCGCACAAGCAGGCCUACUAAACGGCCUCUCCGCAACAGCACACAGACUUGCCCUGCCACAACUGCGCGUCGCCGUCGACGACUACCAGGAGCGGAACUGCAGCGCGAGCGGCACGACAGUCCUGCCGGGGCGGGGGUCCUCGGAGAAGUUGCUUUACGUGGAUGGCGGCGUGACGGGUGAGGGAGUGCGCGUGUUGACUACGACUGGGCCGUCGGGGAUGCUCGAUGCGGCGCUGUAUUUGGUGAUGAGGGUGUUGGGGAAGGCUGAGGCGGAAGAGGCCUCUGCUUUUAUGGGGCAUCCUUGGCAGGUGGAUGAUUAGUUUUCCUCUUCUUCUCGUUUGGUUUUCUUUUUUUUUGUUUUUUCUUUCUGUGAUACCAGCUUCUAUUUGCAAUACUUGAUAUCCAAAUCCAAUGUUCAAUGUGCG